AAAAGGCCUCAAUGAGCCUUUUGGGGACUGGCUCAGAGUUGUGGAAAACAAGGCCCUUGGUCGCACGGGGAAAACCAGCGCUUUGUCAAGAAAAGGCCAAACAACAACAACAAGAACAAACCCAAAGUUGACUUUUCCAUGUUAUCAGCGUGCAUGAUGCAAUAGAGACGCUGAAGCAUUAGCUGCUAAUCGUUGACUGAGCUCAAUUGGAGGCUUGUGCCGCCUGGGAUUGCUGGGGCGAGCGAGCGAGUGAGCGAGUGACCGGACCGGACCGCUCCAGAUCGUCCCAAUGGAUGAGAUCAAAUGGGCCCCUUUUCGUAUUGUGAAACGUCCACACCGUUUGUGGAUUCUUGGACGUGUUGCGUGCGGUUUGAAAUCAGGGCCACGGCCCGUUUCGGCCCGGUCACCGCCAUUUCCGACCACGUCCUUUGGUGCGACUUGGGCCCGGCCCGGCGAGGCGAGCAAUACUCUUAACUGCUGCCUUCUCGACCAUCUUCUUUUGGACCGAGGCCCGUCUGCGGCGUCCCAGGGGCGGGGCUUGGCUGGUAUAAAGCGCGGCGGCGGCGCCCGACGGAUGCGCACUCUGCUCUGACGCGACUCUGCAUCCGGAGCGUGGCUUCUUUGUGAUUCUUCUUGUGGAAGGUCUCUUCCACUUUGAUGGAAGUUGCGUCAGCGGGCAACGCGACGGCGGCGGCCAGGGCCAGCCUCUCUCAGCGAGCGGCGGGCGGCGUCCUGACCACCUGCUGCUGCGCCAUCUUCCUCUUUGUCAACGGCUGGACGCUGUUCACCCUGCAAAGCAAAAGCCUCUUUCGGGAGACGUCGCGCUACGUCCUGCUCUUCAACCUGCUGCUGGCCGACACGCUGUAUCUGAGCCUCAGCCAGCUGCUCUACCUGCUCUCCAACUGCGGCGUCAGGCUGCACUACUGGGCCUGCGGCGCGCUGGUGCUGCUGGCCAGUCUGCUGGGCAGGAUCUCGCCUCUGGUGCUGGCGCUGAUGUCGCUGGAGAGAUACGUGGCCGUGUGCCGGCCGCUGCGCCACGUCUCGGUGGCGACGGCCGGGAACACGGCGCGGGCCGUGCUGGCCGUGUGGACCGUCUCUUGUCUCAACGUUGUGGUCCAGGGCCUUUUGCUGAAGACCUCUCCCUUUGAGCAAAUGACGCAGCUGUGCACCUUCAGCGUCUUCUUCCUCUCGCCCGUGUCCAAAGUGUACUACGACGUUUUCACCUGCUUCCUGUUUGCGUGGGCCGGCUCCAGCAUCCUUUUCAGCUUCGUGGGCGUGGCGUUGUCGGCCAGGUCGGCGGCCACCGACAAAGACUCUCUCCGCAAAGCUGGCCGCACGCUGCUGCUGCACCUGCUGCAGCUUGUCCUCAGCCUAAUGUCGGUGCUCUACGGCAUCAUCAUGGCGCACCUGGCGGCCUCCUUGAGCCGGCUGGACUUUGUCCUGGUCCGGAACCUUCUCUUUGUGUGCUUCUUUCAACUGCCCCGCUGUCUGGGUUCUCUCAUCUACGGGCUAAGGGAUCGGAGCCUCCGAGUGGCGCUCGUCUACGUUCUCUGCUGUCACGUCCGAGUGUCGCGCUCUCGCCUGGGGGGGGGCGCCCUUGUGUCCUGACGCCCUUUCCCAGAGACGCAGUCAAACUUUACGCUCACCGCAAAAAAAAGGAAAAGCUUUGAACUCUGCAUUGUCAUGUGGAUGGAUGUAAGACUUGUGCGGUUC